AUGAAAUUUGAAGAUUAUGAUACACAAGUUAUUGGUGUUAAUUCCAUAUCAAAUAAUCCAAAAAAAUAUAUUAUUAAUCAGAUCAAUGCUCAUACAUAUCAAUUAACGAUAAUUAAUAUUCAAUUGGAAUCAACUGGAUUGUAUAAGUGUCAAAAUUUUACGGCAAAAGAAGAAAAUCAUUUUCAAAUUAAUGUUAUUGUUCCACCAUCUCGUCUUCAUAUAACUUCAUCAACACAAUUACCUGUUAUUGAUGGAACAUUAGUGUCAUUUAAUUGUACAACUGAACGUGUUUAUCCAAAUCCAAUAUUUGAAUGGUAUAAAAAUGAUAAACUUAUUCAAAGUUCAAUCGGCAAUCAAACAGAUUCGAUACUCUUUUCAAGUUCAUCUAUUUUGACACUUUUACUAACACCUGCUGAUCAUAAUCAUAUACUACGUUGUCAAGUAUCAAAUGAAGCGAGUAUUGAUGAAACCUAUACGGAAGUUAAACUUGAUAUCUUAUUCAAACCAAUUAUCAAUUUUUUCUUUCAUGAAAAAGAAAUAACUACAAAUAUAUUAACAGUAAUUGAAAAUACAUCGGAAAUAAUUCAAUGUAAAAUAUCAUCGAAUCCAUCAAUAAUACCAAAUAUUGAAUGGUAUAAAAACGAUCAAUUAAUUCUUGGAGAAUAUCAAGAACAAUUACGAAUAGAUUUUGUUGGUAUAGAAAAAUUAUCUUGUCGAGCAAAGAAUACAAUUGGACAAACAGAAGCUAAUAUUGAUAUUAAUAUUCUUUAUAAACCAAAAUUAUCAAUAAAUGAAAAUGUAACAUUAAAUCAAACUGAUAAAUUAGUUUUAAAAUGUUUAAUUGAUGCAAAUCCAUCAUGUGAUCAAAUUCGUUGGUUAUUUAAUGAAAAAGAAUUAAUUAUACAACCAUGUACAAAAAAUAAAAUAGCUGAAUAUAUUAUAGAAAAUAUCGAUCGGUCACAAGCUGGAAAAUAUACAUGUGAAGUUAAAAAUUCAUUACAUACUAGUUUCAUUAAUGAAUAUGAUGGAAUAUCAGCUAUAUCAACAUACGUUCAAGUACAAUAUGCACCCUACAUAUUGAAUAUUCAUAAUAAACUUGCAAUUAUCGAAAAUUCUGAAAUAAAAACUGAGUGUUUGGUUGAUGCUUAUCCAAAAGCUGAUAUCAUCUGGUAUGAAUCAUCUGAUAAAAAUUUGAAUUUAUAUACAAAAGAAAAAUUAUAUAAUAAUACUAUUGUCUCAUCUGAAUUAAAUUUACCAUCAUCAUAUUUACCAAAAUUUGGUUUAUACCGUUGUGUUGCGAAGAAUGUUUUUGGUCAACAUGAAUAUUCUAUUGAAUUUCAACGACCAGGUUUACCUGAUCCACCCAUUCAAUUACAAGUUAAAAAUCUAACUCAUUCUUCAUUUAUAUUAAAUUGGCAACCAGGUUAUGAUGGUGGUUCCGAACAAAUAUAUCAUAUUAUUCUUAAUAAUAAUGAUACGAGAGGAAGACAAACAAAUAAUAAUUUUAUACGAUACGAUGAUUUGAACGAAAAUACACGAUAUAUUGUUAAAAUUCGUUCAAAAAAUGAAAUCGGUUAUAGUAAUUUUACAUCGAAUAUAAUUAUUACAACAAAAAAAUCUUCAAUUCAUUUUGAAGAAUUUCCAAUAAUUCAACAAGCUUAUUAUAGUAUCGAUAAUCAUCGAAUACAUUUUCAAAUAAGUCCAAUACGAUCAAAAUUAAUACCCAUCGAUCAAUUAUGUAUUCAACAUUAUAAUAAUGAUGAAAUACCACCAUGUAUUCCUCUUAAUUCAUUUCAUACAUUAAAUGAUGAACUUGAAAUACAAAUUGAACAAAUGAAUAUACGUUUAAAAUUAUGUUUAAUUAAUCAAACAGAUAUUUGUUCAAAAUCAAUACAAAUUCCAACGACGAUUCCAUUAAUAAAUGAAUCCGCUGAAUUAAUCUUAGUUUUAACUGGAGGAAUUAUUGGUUUAUGUAUUGUUUUUGGUUUAAUUGGUUUAUUUAUUUGUAUUCGUCAACAAAGACGUAAACAAACUUCGAAAACUGGUUCAACUGAUACAUUAAAAACGAAUUCAGAAAAUUUAAAUGGUAUGACAUCAGUUCGUGUUAAUGAUACGAAUUCAUGUCUUUAUUAUCCAUCGAAUCAAUCUCGACCAUUGUAUUAUAAUGAUGAAACAACGGGUGUUUAUUCAAUUCAACAAAAGAAAAGUUCGAUUUGUCUUGAUUCUGGUAUGCCAUCAACAACUUCAAAUAAUUCGGAUUCAGCUGGUUCACAAGCUUUAUCAUCAUCAGAUUUUUACGAACGUUCCGAUGGUGAACAUCUUGUUAAUGGAAAAUUAUCAGCAAAUAGAAUUAUUCAAUCAGCUUAUACAUUAGCUAGAGAACGAGAAAAUCAUAUGAAGAAUGUUCCAAUAAAUGAACGAAUAUCAUCAUCAUCAGCAUCAUCAGAAGAAGAAAGUGGCUUUUCAACACCAACAAUAAUUCAUAAUGGAAAAAAACUUGUCUAUGAAGUUGUUGUAUGA